AAGGAGCUCAAACGGGUGCAUCCUUCUGGCUGUGACUCCGGUGAAGGGGAUACCAUGUUGUUCUUCACCCUCCUGCUAGAGGUGAUUUGGACCCUGGCUGCCAACGGGGGUCAACACUGGACAUAUGACGGUCCACAUGGUCAAGACCACUGGCCAGCCUCUUACCCUGAGUGUGGAAGCAAUGCCCAGUCCCCCAUCAACAUUCAGACAGACAGUGUGACUUUUGACCCUGAGUUGCUACCUCUGCAGCCCCAUGGAUAUGAACAGCCUGGCACCGAGCCUUUGGACCUGCACAAUAAUGGCCACACAGUGCAACUCUCUCUGCCCCCUACCCUGUAUCUGGAAGGACUUGCCCGAAAAUACGUAGCUGCCCAGCUCCACCUGCACUGGGGUCAGAAAGGAUCCCCGGGGGGGUCAGAGCACCAGAUCAAUGGCGAAGCCACAGCUGCAGAGCUCCACAUCGUACAUUAUGAUUCUGAUUCCUACGAAAGCUUAAGUGAGGCUGCUCAGAGGCCUCAGGGCCUGGCUGUCUUGGGCAUCCUCAUUGAGGUGGGGGAGACAAAGAAUCCAGCUUAUGAACACAUUCUGAGUCACUUGCAUGAAAUCAGACAUAAAGAUCAGAAGACCUCGGUGCCUCCCUUCAACCUGAGAGAGUUGUUCCCCCCACUGCUGGCACAGUUCUUCCGUUACAAUGGCUCGCUCACCACACCGCCCUGCUACCAGAGUGUGCUCUGGACAGUCUUCAGUCGAAGGGCCCAGAUUUCAAUGGGACAGCUGGAAAAGCUUCAAGAGACACUGUUCUCUACGGAAGAGGAGCCCUCUAAGCUCCUGGUACAGAACUAUCGAGCCCCCCAGCCUCUCAAUCAGCGAACGGUCUUUGCUUCAUUCAUCCAAGUGGGAUCCUUGUAUACCACAGGUGAAAUGCUGAGUCUGGGAGUGGGAAUCCUGGUUGGCUGUCUCUGCCUUCUGCUGGCUGUUUAUUUCAUUGCUAGAAAGAUUCGGAAGAAGAGACUAGGAAACCGGAAAAGUGUGGUCUUCACCUCAGCACGAGCCACCGAGGCAUAG